ACUGAGAGCUUUGGUACAGCGCGCCUAGCUUCAUACAAUUGCAUUCGAUGUAAGCGGCGUGUAGGUCGACGUUACAUAUACAGUCAUUGUAGUUGGUGGAGGGUUUUUUUUGUGUUUUCGUAAAACCUGUGUAGUUUGUUUCGGAGCCUUCAACCAUGAGUAAAGCGCACCCACCUGAGCUGAAAAAGUUCAUGGAUAAGAAGUUGUCUCUCAAGCUAAAUGGAGGCCGUCAUGUUCAAGGCAUCCUGCGUGGUUUUGAUCCAUUUAUGAACUUGGUAAUGGAUGAGUGCCUGGAAAUGGCAGCAGGAGGGCAGCAAAACCACAUUGGAAUGGUGGUAAUUCGAGGAAACAGUAUCAUAAUGCUGGAGGCACUGGAGAGGGUAUGACACUGCACAUAAUGGCAGAAAGGAGAUUACAUACCAUUGGGAAGCUGAUAACAAGAACAGGACUGAUUGGUUGCCAUUUUCUCCAGUUUUGGUUUCUGUACUUGGCUGAACAGCCCCAUUCAUUUUAGAAUGGCUACGCUUCCCUUUGUUUGCUUAUCUGUUGUCCUGAUGGUUUUACACGUUAGCUAGAUAAUGUAGUUGGCCUUUUUAAGCAUAAAUAUUCUUUGUUUUGAAUUUGUAUAACUACUGUUUAUAUUAAAAAAAUUAAAAUUUCAAAA